UUGAAAUCCAGAUCAGCGAAAGAAAGAAGAGAAAACCAGUUAGCAAAGCAUGCAGUGUAUUUAAAUACGAAGUCAAGGAUUUUUCCCUAUACGUUUUAUUAAUUUUGUUUAGAUUUUCAUUAGUUUCUUGAGAAGCUGCGUUCAAAAUUAAAGGCACAAAUCUGUUUCCAUAAAGCGGGGUGAAGUUAAGAUACGUGGAAAGGAAGCAAGGAAAGGAAACAAAUAAGAAAUGAGACGCGCUCUCUCAGUCUCACUCUCUCUCUCUCUCUCUCAGUCUGUCCUCUGAAAGUACCACUGUGAGCUGUCAUUUGUCACUAGUGUGUGAGUAAUGAAGACGUGAGUGAUCUAUGCCUGUACUGCUGGAUCAGAGAUGCGGGUGUUUUAUGGAUGCUCUUAGUUGUUUUCUGUCCUUUGGUUCUGUCUGAGAGUGGAGAUGAUGAUGGGUCUGAUAAAGAUGUGACCUGCACAUCCACUUUGACCCUCAAACAAAGUAACCUGACCUGCUCGCUCAACUACGAACCCGCUGAGGAAGUAUUCACGAGACUCUGCAAAACGGAAGGUAUUAAAGAGUGUAAAAAAGCUACUUUUGGACCAGGAGAAAUUACCUUUCAGGAUUUGGGCGUUUUAGGAGAAUACACGCUACAAAUAAGAGACGAGAUUUUUGAAACUAUCAAACUGUCAAAAAUUGUCAAAAUCCCAGCUCCUGAAAUGAAGCUCGCCACUUACAUGGAAGACACAGAAGACGUUUUCAUUUGGUUUGAAUUCAGUCAUGAUUAUGUUAGGAAACCUAAAUUCGAACUGGAAAUCUGGGGGGACAAACUCGAGGAGCCCAUGAGCCUUACUAUAACAUAUCAGAACUUCAGUAUCAGCAGGGAAAGACUUGGUGGAGAUGGUCUUUACUAUACACGUGUUAGAGCAAAACCUGUGGAGUUUUUUGAUGGCAGCUGGAGUGAGUGGAGUUCAAAUGCCAGUUUCACUAUGAAAAAAAAUAAUUUUGACCUUUCAAAGGCUGGUUGCAUCAUCACCUUCUUUGUCGUUCUGGUGCUCAUCAUUGUUUUGGGGACCUUGCGAUGGAGAACAAACAUAAAAGACUACAUUACACCAAACAUCCCACACCCGAAGGCAACUCUUGCACAAAUGCACAGGGGUCUUCCUUUCACUUUCAGUCCUGAGAUAUUCAGCGAUGUCUUCAUACACCGUGUGGAUUACGUCGAUGAAAAGCCAUCUGGCCCUGAGCUUCAAGAUGACCUGGAUGAGCAGCGCUACAGUCAAGCCAGUUCCUCAAGCACAUCACUGAGUGAAAUGGACAUGAAAGCAGAUGAAUGGCUUCCAAGAGAUCAGUCUAACCUUAAAAUUAGACUGUUAGACGAACCAGAUUUGUUGAAAGAAAGAGAAAACGGCAGCACUCAGAGCACAACAGCCCCUCGACGAGAAUGUAAAGAUGAAGCCUAUGUCACUAUGUCCAGCCUUUUCAAUACGCAAUGAAGAGACUGUCUUAAGUCAAUUCCAGUUCACUUGUGAUUUUACAGACCCUUGGUUUGUAUUUGAUAAAAGGUUAACUGAGA